AUGCGUUCAUUCGUUCCCACCACUCUCGUGGCUUCGGCCGCCCUGUUCUCUGCUGCGCAGGGAAUCACCAUCACCAAGCCCGCCGAGGGCGAAACUGUCGAUGCCAGCAAGGGCUUCGACAUUGUCUGGGAGUACGACUCGUCCGACCCAGUUGACUGGGAAAUCGAGUUGGGCAACCCUACCCCCGGCAAGCUGCUGGCCACCGACGUGAAGCCCGUCAGCGCUGCCUCCGGCGAGACCGCGACCUACACAUACACCGUCAAGCCUACGGAUAUUGCCGAUGGCACCUACAAGGUCAUCCUCGACCCGCGCAACGCUGGUACCCCCGGUACCUCGCUGCCCCAGUCUGGUGAAUUCACUGUUGGCAGCGAUGGUAGCGUAACCACGACCACCACCACGUCUGGUACCACCACGUCGACUUCCACUUCCAUCAGCAGCACUAGCACUGGUUCUGCUACCACCACUCCCACCACAACUCCUGGACCCAUCACUACUCCUGGCCCAACCUCGGGCACCAGCACCCCCAGCGGCAGCGGCAGCGUCGUGCCUAUCUCCGGGUCUACCACCAUCACCAGCGCCACUGUCAUCUCGUCGACCAUUGUGUCCGGCACUUUCUCGACUGUCGUUCCUCAGUCGACCGUCUUCGAGACCACUGUCGUUCCUGGUGGCGGCUCCACCCCCACUGGCACUGCCUCUCCCACCACGACCGCCGUUCAGACCGGUGCUGCCGUGGCUAUCGAUGCUGGCCUCGGCUCUGCCGUCCUCAUGGCCCUGUUGCCCGCUUUCUUGCUGUAA